AAACCCUAAAAUUUCCGAUUCUUGUUCUCCCUCGUCGUCCUAUUCACAGCCUCAAAACCCUAAAAACCAAUAUCCGUUGCUCUUUGAUUCAAUCAAACAAUGGGUUCGAAGAGAAAAAACCAAAGCAAGGGAGCAUCCAUUGGAGGUGGAGGCGCCGAGCAAGGACAACAAAUGAUUUCGGAUCCAAGGUUUUCGUCGGCGCACACUGACCCCAGAUUCCGUAGGCUUCCGAUGCGUGAUUCCAAAGUCCCCAUUGAUCCUCGUCGAUUCCCGGGGGUGCUCACCGAUAAGGCUUCUGCUCCGGUCGAUAAGCGUGGCAAGCGGAGAAGAGGAGCUAGUGCCAAGGAUUCUCUUAGAGAGUAUUAUCGAAUUGAAGAAGACGACGACGAGAAGAAGAAGAAGAAAAAGCGAAAGAUGGAGGAGAGCGAAGAAGAGGAAUCUGGGGACGAGGGCGAGGCUGCACAAGAGGAUGAGAUCAAGAGUGAGAGUCUGAAUGUGGUGGAUUCUUCGGAUGAAGAAUCUGAUGAGGAAUCAGAGUCUGACGGCAGCGUAGAGGUAUCGGAGGAGGAUACCGAUGAGGACGACGAAGCUAUUUACGAAGACGAUGGACCAGAAGUUGAGGAAGAGAACAUUACGAAUAUCGAAAAAGAAACUCACAGACUGGCUAUUGUUCGCAUGGACUGGAGACAUGUCUCGGCCAAAGACUUGUACGUAGUUUUGAAUUCGUUUGUGCCCAAAGAUGGACGCAUUUUGUCAGUUGCGGUCUAUCCAACCGAUUUUGGACUGGAGCGAAUGAAAGAGGAGGAAAUCCAUGGGCCGGCAAUAGAUGGCGACAGAAAGAAAGAAGAUGAUGAUGAUGACGAGGAGGAGGAAGAAGAAGACGAGGACGUCAACAAUGAGAAAUUACGUGAUUACGAAAAAAGUAGAUUAAAGUACUAUCAUGCUGUUGCCGAAUGUGAUUCAGCUGCUACUGCAGAUUUCUUGUACAAAUCAUGUGAUGGACUUGAGUUUGAGAAAUCCUCUAACAAGCUCGACUUGAGAUUUAUUCCAGAUUCCAUGGAAUUUAAACAUCCGCCUCGUGAUAUUGCCACCGAGGCGCCUUCUAAUUAUGAAGGCUUAGAUUUUCAGAGCCGAGCACUGCAGUUGAGCAAAGUUAAUCUUUCUUGGGAUGAAGAUGAGCCGCACCGCAUAAAGACCUUAAAUCAGAAAUUCAACCCUGAUCAGCUGGCAGAACUUGAGAUGAAGGAAUUUUUGGCUUCUGAUGAGAGUGAAUCUGAUGAGGACAACAACGAAGCUAGUAAAAAGGAAAAAAGAAAAGAAAAGUACCGAGCUUUAAUCGAAUCUGAAGAUGCUGGUUCUGAUAAAGACGGGGAGGAGGAGGAGAAUGGCCAGGAUAUGGAAGUAACAUUCAAUACCGGGUUAGAAGAUCUGAGUAAACAAAUUCGUGAAAGGAAAGACAAGAAGUCAGAAACGGUUUGGGAUGCGUAUCUAAGGAAGAAAAGCGAGAAGAAGAGAGCUAGGAAGAACAAACAGAAAGAUGAUUCUUCAUCUUCGGAUGAGGAUGACUACAACGUUGAUGGAAAGGCGGUGAAAGACGAUGGUGAUGACGAUUUCUUUAUGGAGGAACCCCGUCUUAAGAAGAAGAAAAAGAAAGAAGGAAAGACUGAUAAGAAGAAGAAGGGUUUAGAGGAGGAAGUAGCAACGGAAGAAAGAAGCAGAGCGGAGCUAGAGUUGUUACUGGCUGAUGAGAAUGGAGGAGAUGGUCUUAAAGGGUAUAAUAUUAAACGGAAAGGUAAAAAGAGAAGUAAAGAAGAGAUGGCAGAAGAGAAGAUACCUGCGGUUGAUCUUGAUGAUAUUAAAGAGAGAUUCUCAGCUGCAAUCUCGGAUCCUGACUUUGCUCUAGACCCUACAGAUCCACAGUUUAAAAGGAGUGCGAUUUAUGUUAGGCAAUUAGCUCAGAAGCACAAGGAAGAUCCGAGAAGCCACGAGGAAGCGAAAGCUACGGUGAAAAAGGCGAAAGAAGAGUCGACUAAAGAUGGGAAGUUGGGAUCUAAGAGUUAUGCAGAGUCUAUUGCUGUCAAAUCGCUGAAGCUCAAGAUUCAGCAGAAGGAUUCCGACAAGAAAAAAGCGGCAACUGCUGGUUUGGCUCAGCGUAUGAAGAACAAAGCCAAAGCUUUAUCAAACAAGUAGUAAUAGUGUCUAUGUUUCCUUCAAAUCAAUUUUAGUUUUAGUUUUUUUUUUAAGAGAUGUUAACAAUUUUUCAUUUAAUAUUGAUUCGGGACUCCGGUUAAUUUUU